CCCAGAUAAAAUAUUAUUGACCGUUAUGUCUGUUACUAUUAUAACUUAGCCACUUAUUUACGCAUAUCAAACUACAAAGGUUUACAGCAAAGGUAUAAAGAAAGACAGCCAUGGAGACAAACUCGUCAUUCCAUCACAUUAACUCCACCGUAAAACCAGUCUCCUCCUCAAACUACUAUGCAAAUCUGAGAUAUUCUCUACACAUCAUGUCUCUUUGUGUUUAUGGUGUGGCCUGUGUCCUGGGCGUGCUGGGGAAUGGAAUGGUUAUCUGGGUGACGGGCUUCGGGAUGAAGAGAACUGUUAACACUGUUUGGUUUCUUAACCUGGCCGUGGCUGACUUCCUCUUCACAGCCUUCCUACCGCUGGGCAUCACAUACCAGGCUUUACAUUUCAACUGGAUUUUUGGGAGGUUCAUGUGCAAGCUGAACAGCACAGUGAACUUCCUGAACUUGUACGCCAGCGUCUACACCCUUGUGGUGAUCAGUGUGGACAGGUUUGUGUCUGUAGUGUGGCCCAUCUGGGCUCAGGUCCAUCGGACGGUGAGGAAGGCCUCCUAUGUGAGUCUGUGUGUUUGGGCAUUGGCUUUAUGCCUCAGCCUCCCGGCUUUUGUCUUUAGAGACACUGAAGUCUUCAAUAACAACAGCGUCUGUUACAAUAAUUAUGCGCUCUCUAAAAAUUACACUAUUCCAUCUGUGGUACAGUUAGCCCAUUUUCGCCAUCGAAAUAUGACCAUCACCCGAUUUCUCAUGGGCUUCGCCGUCCCUUUUGGUGUAAUUGUUUCCUGUUACAGCAUCAUAAUCCACCGCCUCAGGAGGAACCCUGUACUUGCCAAACGAUCAAGCCGCCCUUUUAAAUUAAUUGCCACCAUCAUCAUCACAUUUUUCCUGUGCUGGGCUCCCUUUCACAUCAUGAGUAUAAUUGAGUUGAAGAAAUUUGAUCCAAGCUACAAAAGCGAAACAUUGAAGCAUGUCAUCGCCAUCGGAAUCCCAAUCACCACAAGCCUGGCCUUUCUUAACAGCUGCCUGAACCCAUUUUUGUACGUAUUUAUUGGCCACGACUUUAGGGAUAAAGUCUGCACAUCCAUCCUGAAGGUGUUUGAGACUGUAUUCCAGGAAGACGAGACCAACACUUAUACAAAGUCCGUCACUUCCAGUGAAAGCAAGAGGUCCAACCACAGCAGUGCAGUGUAGAAGCAGUACGGAAUUGUCUAGAGCAGUGUUCCCCAACCUUUUUUGAGCCACGGACCAGUUAUAUGUCAGACAAUAUUUUCACAGACCGGCCUUUAAAGUGUGGGGGGUAAAUAUGAUUAAAUAAAAUGAUCCGACUGGAAUAAAAUCAAAUAAGAACAGCAUAAAAAUAAAACUGACCAUUAUGCUGAAUUAGUGGGAGCCCUGAGCUUGUUUCUCCAAAACAAGCCGGUCCCAUCUAGGCGUAACCGGAUACAAUGACACGAAGUGUGGUCCUGAUGUCCAGUCUGCUCCGUAGCUUUGUUUUGGUCGCUCUAACCGCAGGAAAUAGGAUGUGUGUUAGGGUUUUAUAUAGGAUAAGUCUUGAUCUGAAUUAACCUGUGUCAAGAGGCACAGAUGCACCAACUGAUGUAAUUGGGAGAGAAUACCCCAAUUUUUUAUAUUUUUCUAAAUAAAACAUCACUCAGACUCUUA